AUGAGUGAUCAGAACAGCCGAUUUUCUAGUUCAGAUAGAAAUACGUCAUUAAAAAAGCCUAGUAGACCUAUUAAUCUUUCUUAUAGAGAUGGUUGUAUGAAGAUAUUAGAGGAGUUGAAUUAUUGCCGUGAGAAUACAUGGUAUUUACCGUGGAAAUGUGUAGAGGAGCGACAUGGUGAGUUUUUAGAUAAAUUAGUUAAAAUUAAUAAAUUAGCCUAUGAAAAAUGUGAAUAUGAAGCUUUUAAAGAACGUGUAAAAAAAUUGAAAGAAUUGGAAAGUGGAAAGAUAAGUGAUUGAUAAGUAAGAAAACGAAUAUUUUAAUAUGUGGGUAAUAUAAAAAAG